AUGGCCAAGAAGGGCCGCCGCAGGCAUGGAGGCGACCAGGCCGCUGCGCAGGCGGCGGCGCCUGACGCGCCAGCGGCUGGGGCGGCGCAGCCAGGAGCGGCCAGCGGGGACGCGGGCGCCGCGGCCGGUGGUGCCGAGCGGAGCGCGCACGUCCUGUCGGCCAACAUCGGAAAGAUGCGGUUCAUGCACAGCGCCCGCGAGGAGGAGGAGCGCCGGCAGCAGGAGAAGCAGCAGCUGCGCCACCUGGAAGAGAUGCGCUGGGUGGUGCCUGGCUUCGAGGCGGAGGUCGACGGCGCCGACACGGAGGCCGAGAAGCGGCCCCGGGAGCAGGGCGCGGCCGCGCCGUGCGCGGAGGUGCGGCUCCACAGGCGCUCCUACAAGGGAUUCAACCCUGUCGUGGAGCAGUGGGCCAAG